CCAAGCCGUUAGAGGAAAAGAAGACCCAGAUGCUGGCAUUCUCUCUGUGCUGGGUGCUCCAGCCCCCCAGCCCCUCCCAGUACUCCCAGAGAGAGGAGAGCGCCUGCUGCCCUCCAGCCUCUUGUGGUUUCCCUCUGCGGCUGUACAACGCUGCUUGGGCGGGCCCUGCAGCCACUUCUCAUAACACAGGCGACUCUCGUGUCUCCACCACUGGGGCUGAAGGACAGGAGCUGGCCUGUGUCCCAGCUGCCUUGCCUGCCAGUCAUGUCGCACCAGCUAUCUGCAGUGGCAGUGCUCCUCAUGAUCCUAGCCGUCAUCUUGCAAGAUGGUCACCAAGUGUUUGCAGAAGCCAGGCACAGUCUUCAGCCUCCUGCCACAAUGACCAGCCCAGCCACAGCCACACCUCUCCUGCAGCCCACUAAGCCAGGGCCAGCCGAACCCUCAGUGAUGAGGUCCAGGGGUGCUCGCACCUCCUCUCAGACAGCUGGGGAGACCUCUGAAAACCCAACACACACUGUUAAAGCUCUGACAACUACCCGACACCCUACAGCCCAGUCACCGAGCACCCACACCCCUGCCACCCCCAACAAUUCGCACACAGUUACUCCACUUACUGAAGCCACCAUCGGGCCCAGCUCACCUCCCCACUCACAGCCACCCCUGUCAUCACCAACCUCUCUACCUAGAACCAGUCCAUCCCCUGUCAGUCUCACGACCAGGAAAACCACUCAACCACGUGGCCAGGACACUCUCUCCAAAGCUUGGUCCACGAUACCAUACAAGAGCACAACUAGCCAGAAGCCCCCACCCACCCACACCCCGGGAACAUCCGUAGCCACACACAAUGGCACCCAAACAGCCUCCCCUGCCUCCACAGUUCCUGUGCCUACCCUGGCACCUGAGCCGUCAUCUGCCAAGACCGGAAUUUAUCAAGUUCUAAACGGAAGUAGGCUCUGCAUAAAAGCAGAGAUGGGGAUACAACUGAUUAUUCAAGAAACAAAGUCGGUUUUCUCACCUCCAAGAUACUUCAACAUUGACCCCAGCACAACCAAAGCCUCUGGCAACUGUGGCUUCCGAAAAGCUAACCUUCUCUUGAGUUUCCCUGGUGGAUUCGUGAAUCUCACAUUUACCAAGGAAGAAAAUUCAUAUUACAUCAGUGAACUAGGAGCCCAUCUGACUGUCUCAAAUCCAGAGAAAGACUUCCAGGGGCUGAAAAGCUCGAUGGUGCUCUUCGAGACGGUGGCCGGGCACUCCUUCCAGUGUGUGAGCGCGCAGAUCACGCCGCUGUCGCCUCAGCUUCAGCUGAAAACAAGGAACGUCCAGCUGCAAGCCUUUGACUUCGAGGGUGACCGCUUCGGAAACGUGGACGAAUGCUCCGCCGACUACACCGUGAUGCUCCCGGUGAUCGGCGCCGUGGUGCUCGCCCUCUGCGGCCUGGGGCUGUGCGUGUGCAUAGCCCGCCUCCGCAGGCGGUCAUGCGGGUACCAGAGGAUCUGACCGUGGGAAAUGGAAGUGACCGUGAGAAACGGAAGUGACCGUGGGAAACGGAAGUGACAGAGUUCUGAGCAUUCUUCUACUGUCUCCAAGAUGCUGGGGUCGUCCGAAGAGGAGGGGUCUGUUAGGUGAUAGAAUCUGGUCUGUUCUACGAAAACCAAGUGCACUGUGUUUGUGGUUCAAAAUUCAUGCUGCGCAUUAAUUUUUUUUUUGUUUAUCCACAAAAGACAGUGUUUAAGAGUAUUUUAUAGUUUCCUUCAGAACAUUUUAACCACUCAUAGGCAAACUUUGAGAUGUACUGAGUUAACAUAAUGUAUGUGAAAUGAAAAAUGCCUCCAAAUUAUAAACCAGAGGAUCGAUUGUGCUUAUUAACACUCGCUUUCGUUUUCCAUUUUUAAAAAUGCCUUUACCUUCUCUGUCAAAUACAGGGGUCGGGGAG